AUGAGUGAUGACUCGAAAAAGGUGCGCAUCGCAUUCGUCGACGCGGCGCGACGCGCGCGCGGCGCCAUGCGCUACGAGCGAUGCGCCGGGCGACGCGCGCGCGUCGUCGCGACCGCCGAGUCGCGAGACCGACGGCCGCGCGCGGAGAAGCGCGGGAAGACGUCGACAUCGAACGCGCCGCCGCCUCGAGGUCAAAAAGUGAACACCGACACGAGGGCGUCGCUCCCGGGCGAUCGCUGGCGCGUCUACGACGUGCGCGUGGCGCUGGAGGAGGACCCUGGGAAGGACUCGCACGAGGUCACGCCGGCGUUGACGAAACAGCUGGCAAAGUUGCUCGGGACUCGAGGAGACGCGGACGCGCUCGCGCGCGGGACGGAGGUGCGACGGAAGACGUGCGACGCGAGAUCCGUCGUGAGAGGACGCGUGGUCGGUCCUGGGUUUAGUUACGUCGUGGAUGUAAGCGAUGAGGCGAUUUCGAGCGCGGGAGGGACCGCGCGGCCGUUGAGGGAGCGGGCGAAGAAGUUGGAGCGGGCGGCGGGCGAGCGGGAAGGCGGUUUGGGGGCGAACGCCGAGGCGUUGAGAGAGGCGUACGAGCGCGCGCCGACGCGCGGUAACGACGCGUCGUCGACAUCGACGUCGGAUACGUUCCCAGACGACGACGAUAAGGUGAUCGUCGUCGGUCUCGGACCCGCCGGUUUGUUCGCGGCGCUCGCGCUCGCGGAGGCGGGCGAGCGCGUCGUCGUCGUCGAGCGAGGACAACCGGUGGAGGAGCGCGGGAGGGAUAUCGGCGCCUUGUUUGCGAGACGACAACUGAAUGGUGAGAGUAAUCUGUGUUACGGCGAGGGCGGAGCGGGGACGUGGUCGGAUGGGAAGUUGACGACGCGCAUCGGGAGGAACAGCGAACGUGUCCGAGCCGUGCUUCAAGCGCUCGUCGCGUUCGGGGCGCCCGAUGACAUAUUGGUGAGUGGUAAGCCCCACCUUGGGACCGAUCGUCUCGUGCGAAUCUUGCGCACGGCUCGGAGGUACAUGCAGGGAUUGGGGGUGGAGUUUCGUUUCGGUGAGCGAUGCGAACGAAUCAAUCGGGACCCAAACACGGGCGCGGCAGGCGGAGUGACUCUGGCUUCCGGUGACGUCAUUCGCGGCAAGGCGGUGAUAUUAGCGGUCGGACACUCGUCUCGAGCGCUCAUGGAGUCCCUUCAUCUCGACGGUGUGAAGUUGUCGUACCAAUCGUUCUCCGCCGGAUUCCGCAUCGAGCAUCCGCAGGGAAUGCUCGAUACGCUUCAAUAUGGAUCCAAGUACGCUGGGUACGUGGACAACGGAAAAGGUCCGCUCCCCGUGGCUGAUUAUCGCGUCGCGAAUACAGUGCAGGACGGCAUCGCCGCCGGUCGAGCGUGUUACAGCUUUUGUAUGUGUCCGGGGGGCCAAAUUGUCCCUACGUCCACCACAGAGGACGAACUCUGCAUCAACGGCAUGAGUUUCAGCAAACGCUCGAGCAAGUGGGCGAACAGCGGACUGGUGAGUUCGAUCUCCGAGGCCGACGCGUCGCCGUUCGCCGAAGUCGGAUACGAACCUCUGUGUGGUUUCGCGUUUCAGCGCCACAUCGAGCGCGAAGCCGCCGUCAUGGGCGGCGGCGGACUCGUCGUGCCCGUGCAAACGGCUGAAGACUUUUUGAACGAAACCGUGUCCGACGUGGCGACGUUACCGUCGAGUUCUUAUCGCCUCGGUGUGAAAACGGCACCGUUACACGAGUUGUAUCCACCCGCGGUCACGCAGGCAAUUCGAGAGUCGCUGUUCCGUUUCAACAAGCAGCUCCCCGGUUUCGCCGGCCCGCACGCGCUCAUUCACGCCCCGGAGGCGCGUACAUCGUCUCCAGUUCGUGUCGAUCGCGAAAAGGAGACCCUCAUGUCGGUGUCGAUGCCGGGUAUGUACCCAAUCGGCGAAGGCGCGGGGUACGCCGGAGGCAUCGUCUCCGCCGCCGUAGACGGCCUCGCCGCCGCUGAGACAUUGCUCGAGAUGAGCGGAAAACGUAGGUAG